UAAACUAUUUUUAUAUCGAAUUGCAUUGAAUAUGUAGUAUAAUUUUGGGGUCCAAAAUACAGGGCAGGGGAAUAUUUCAGUUCUUUGGUUACAUCUCAGGUUUGCCUUUGUGUCGAAUUUGAUAUAAAUAACAUUAGGAUCAGUAUACCACAAACUUGCAGCGAAUAUGCAAUUCAGGUUGAAAUAACAAUACGGCAUCUUUCUAUAAAAUUGACCUCGGACCAGAAUAAAAUGGAUUAACAUUUUUUCCCCCCUCAUUGUUGCUUUCUUUGUGACAGAAUACUCUACGGCACCUACUCCGGUAUUAUAGGCCUUCGUCGCGGAGAUUUUCGCAACCGUUGACCGUAGAUAAUGCCUUCUACUCUGUAAAGUAUCCCCGCUUUAAAGGUAUGGGAACAGUGUGCUCCACCCCAAGAUCCACCACAGCCAUUGAACCAAUUUGUAACGAAACUCAUUCCAAGGCAUUGCCAGACAUCAAACAGAGAGACAAGAAGUCGACCAGUCAGAGAAACUUCCAUCACCCCACUUCCCCCAUCAAAUUCCAGCAAGAAAGCAUUGAUAUUACCUCUGGGGAUACGCCUCAGAAGACCCAAGGGUCGGCCAGCUCCAAGGAGCGUCAAGAAAAGGGAGAGUUGUCUGUGAAGGACGAGGAAGGGUUCAAGCACCCAUCUUCGCGCCCUGUCAGUGGGGCUGCUUGGGAGGAGCUGGUCAGAGAAGACUUCUUCAAAGCUGGGGCAGACGAGGUCAUGAGUUCAUCCUCCAAGAAAAAGAACGAUGGCGCCAAACGAUUCGCAUCUCCAACCCACAACUGGUUCCGGAACCGCAUCAAGAGCACCCCAGGCCGAAUCGAGAGGAGGGAAGAAUUCAAACAGGCCCACAAACUCACCACCACUGGAAAGAAAGGCAAAGGUUUUGGCGCUCUUUGGCGGCUGACCACAGUCUUAGUUCAUUUUCUAAAGGGAGGUUGUGCGACAAUCCGUAACUUUGUCUUGGUGCGGGAUAUCGUGCCUGCUGACGGGGAAGAUGAGGGCAGGAGAUCCUCCACCGCCAGCGGCUGA